AGCAUUUGUGAAUUAAAGGGAGGAAGUGCUUUUCUCAGUGCAACAACUCCAUCGUUCCAUCCCUUCGCCUCUCUCUGCCUACUCUCUCGCUCUGUCUCUCACCAUCCCCUGCCUCAUCUCAUUCGCCCAAAGUGUGGCCCCACUUUUUUUUUUUGAUAAAGAUUAGAAUUAAAAGUGAACAGUACUGCAGAAGGUACCGCUCUUCUUCAUUUCUUCGUUGUCCAGUGCUUCCCCCACCCCUCUCGUAUUCACCCCUUCUGUUCUCGCCUUCUGUUCUUUUCUUCCUUUCUUUGCACUUACUCUUGUUUACGUGUCUGAUCGUCAUCAUGUCCGCACACAGCAGCGCCAGUCUCUACGACGGCAUCCCGUCCUUGGCUUCACAGGCGGAAGACUUCAUCACCCGUGCCUUCUACGGCAAGACCGCCGCAGAGGCUCGCAAGUUCGCUUACGCCAUGGGCUUGCAGUCCCCGCUUUGGCUGUGGACGCAUCAGCAACUCACCAAAGACGCCGGGGCCCCGAAAGAGAUGCGCAAAGUAGUUCACCUCCUUCACUGGAUGCACCGCCACGGGGCGGAGAUGGCGCGCGUUGCGGUUCUCGUGCCUCUUGCCUGGAAGGCAAUGUUCAAGCAUGAGUUUGAGGUGCAAAGUAGUGAGGUGCACGUGAAGGAGUGUCCUGUCAUCUUGGCCCACCACGAGCUCGCUGCGCUGAACAAGCGGGACAACACCAAGUAUCAAUACCGAGCUGUCCUGUAUCUGGUCGAUGCUCUGCCGCGAAACUUGAACGCAUCAGCACAGCCCAUGCCGGUUAGUGAGGAGAAAUUCAUCUCCGAAGCGAUGGGGGCCGCGACGGACGCGUUUGUGCUGUGCGCCGACGCCGGCUGGAUGGCCCCGCAGCUGCAAGCAAAGUGGUACAAAACCUUUGUGGCAAAGCUGCAGGGGGAGCAGCCUCCCAUCUCCUUUGAUGAGUCUGUAGCAACAGAGGCGGCGAUGCAUGCCGCCGGUGCGUGUUUUCCUUCGCUCGUUGGUCCUGCGAUCCCACUCUGCUGCAGCCGUCACCCCAACCAGCGUCAGCUGGAGUACGGUCAUGUCCGCAUCGAGCCGUGCUGCAAACAUCUGUGUCUGAGUCCCUAUUUGUGCCACCGUCAAGAUCACAUUUGCACCCGCAGCUGCCACCCCGGCGAGGGCCAUGUCUCUUGUCCCUACGCCUGUGGAAAGACGCUCCCGUGCGGACACAAGUGCCUGCUGAAGUGCGGCCAGCCGUGCAACUGCUUCGAGGUGAUCGAGCAACCCCUCACCUGCUCCCACGAGAAGCUGCUGGGCAUAAACAAGGAGACACUUGAGCCCAUCUACACCGUCGUGCAGCACGUGUUCAAGGGUGUCUGCAGCGAUGCAGCGCUGCCGUGCGCCGUGGAGUACGAGACGGAGUGCGCGCGUUGCCUGGGCCCCCUCACCGUGAGGUGCUUUGAGGCGCAAGAGCAGGGGCACACGUUGGAGCACAAGACGAUGAUCUGCGGUGCGUGCAAGCGUCGCGAGCGCCAGCUGCGGGCGAAGCUGCUCGGCGAGCUGCUGACGGGUGCCGAGGCGCAGAAGAAGAAGAUGAAAGCGACGCUUCAGCAGUCACUGCAUUACCAGCGGAAGGCUGCGGCGCAAGGGUUGUUUCGGCCGGGCACGCGAGUGGAGAUCAUCGAUGCCACCAAGUGUGUGCCGCCUCUCUUUGCGGAAGACGAUUUCCCCGGUAUUGAGUUUGCGGACCUAUCAGCCCCGAACUUCUUCCAAGAGAUGGACGGCGCGUACGGCACCUUCGUGAGCAACCAUGUGGAUGUAAUGGACCGCAGCGAGGUGCGCAACCUGGUCUGUUUGCCAAGCGGCAAGCACGUCCUCGUAACGGACGGGGGCCUGCGCAUGAUUCAGGCUCUCACGAGUAACAUCACCAGCGCCGCUCCGCUGAUGCUGACGUUCCAGGGACAUGGAGGCAACAGCGGCAGCAGCAGUGGUGGCGAAAGCGCAGAUGCCGCCACCACGGACGGCGCUGAGUUUGCUGCUGCCAAGACAAUGCUCAACGGCACCUUUUAUCUCGCCCAGCCUGUGCCGUGCGAUGAGGUGGACGGAGCGGAGGUGUUGACGGACAAGGUGGUCCGUGUGGUGAGUCUCGACCCCCUCUUCCCAAAGAAUGUGAUGGCCGAGUGCACUCUCUAUACGGUGACGGAGCGCAGCGACGAAAGCGUUGACAAGGGCGAUCACAACGGACAAUCUGCCGCAGGAAGUGCCGCCGACACGGCGUCUACGCCACACGCAUUGAAGCGGCGCCGUGUGGAGGCGGGCGAGGCGGACCACGCCACGCACGACUGCGUGCCCCAGACGAUCCUCCUCUCCGUCCCUAUUGCAGCCCUUGAACCCAUGCGAGCCAUGGUGGAGGGCAAGUACGUCUUUGUCAUUGCCCCCGAGCGCCAGGUGCGCCAACCCCACGACUUGGUGAAGCUGGAGGCGCAGCUCCGCCACCUUCCUGGGGUAGAGCUGCCGUCCGCUGCGCACGUGACGGCUGCACCCAUCGACCCCGACACACCCUACACCCUUGUGACGGUGAUCAACCCGCCGGUGAACUGCGAGGCCGCGCGUGGGCCGUGCGCGGUGCUCAAGUUCAGCGGCGCGCAGCGGGUGGUGCGGGCAAAGAUGUCGCGGGCGGCUGCACCGCGCCGUGGCGGUCGCGGGACUUCGCCGCAACACCACCCCCGCUUCCCACGUUCCACUGCCCAUUCUUCCCCAGCAGCGGUGGCACAGACGCUGUAUGCCAUCGUGCCUUUUAUGUUCGUCGUCGGCGACGAGCUUGCGGAGGCGGAGGGCGCCCUCGAUGCGGCGGCACAGGAGGUCUUCCAACAGCGUCUGCACGACGAACUCACCGCCCUCAGUGAGGAUCUCGCGCUGCGGAACGAAGAAGAGGCCUUCCAUGCGCAGCAGCAAAUGCCGCCCGUGACGGCGUCCAUGGUAGGUGCGGAGCGCCGGGCGCUCAGCGUGCCGGUUCCGUUGCUCACGCCCAGCGCGAUUGCCACCGCACGCAAGUCUGCGAUGGAGCUACCGGUUGGCUCGCCCAUUGCCACUCGCCUUGUGCGCACCAAAGACAAGCUUGCCUACAAGCAAGAAGCGGUGCAGCUUCCCCUGUGGGUGUCCAUCAUGAAGGAAAAGGCGCAAAAGGACCAGGACUCGGACGCCCAUCAUGUGAAGUACAUCCGUUCGCUAAGGCGUUAA